GGCUGCUCUUGCAAGACUGACCUCUCUGCAACACUCACCAUGGCAGACAACAAAGCACAACCUUAUGAGGAAUACUAUCAGCCGCAAGUCUCAACUGAGUUUGAGGACGUACCGCCGCCGCCGUACGACGAGCAGCAGUCCGUGCAACAGACUCCCGCGAGCGCUUACCUCCCACCUCUACCUCCCCGGCGCAUAGCCAACAACUUUGGCGACGAUGACCCCUCCAACCCAAUCCACUACGCGCGCGAUCCGCACAAGCUGAUCGCUUACCUUGUGCCUUUCCCGAAGCCGAAGCUCAAAGAUGUCCCGCCCGAGAAGAUACCCGACCGCUUCCUUAUCUACACGCCUCCACCGCCGCCCUUAGUUAAGCCGGCAGAAGGGGAGAAGGAAGAGAGGUUGCACAAAGUCCAGCGAAAAUGGCAGGAGGAAGUGCGAGAAGCAAAGAACUACUCGGGCGAAGCAGUUAGCUGGAAAGGCUUCAAGAGCAGGGCGACACGCGGCAUCAACUGGGCGAUAUCGCAGACUACCAGCGCGAACUUGGACUUCGUCAACCGGCUUAGCGGAGACGUCGGGAAAGCAGAGAAAGACAAGCAUGCCGACGACGGCGUUCAAGAGGAUGCGACGACGAAGAAGACGGUCGGCAUCAACGAGAUGAUCCUCGUGUACCCGCUCUCCAUGUCCGGCGACCCCGCCAGCAUGCGCGUCGAGUUCGUCAACAGCAUGCUGCGCACCAAGUCCAAGGCGCAGCGUGACGCGGUACUAGCCACAGGGCUGCUCCCCGUCACCUUCGCCAUCGACAUCCUCGCCACGCUCGUGUGGCCCUUUGGCGGUCUCGUCGAGAUCGACGCCGUCUGGGCUUACAGCAGCAUCCGCGGAGCCAAGAUCGCGCGCGGCACGACCAAGCGGCUCGCCAGCUCCGGCGACGGCGACGGCGCUCACGUCAAGGACAGCGAUGCCCAGAUCCAUCUCGACUUCAAGGCGUCGCCGCGCCUGGAGAUUCUGCGCAAAUACCUCGCUUCCGUAUGCCAUAGACGCAACUCAGGCCUGUUCCCGGUUGCGGGACCCUCGCCCACGGAGACGGAGGUGCUGGAGGCCAUUGGAUGGAGUCCCAGACAGACAGGUGGAGAGUCGAGGAACUGGGAGGAUGAGCUUUGGGAGGUUGCAGAGGUCAAGGAGGAUUUCAAGGCUGUCAUGACUAAGGGCUCGAGGGAGUGGGAUAAGUGGUGCAGGGCUUUUGAGAAGGAUCCGGAGAAGGCGCUGAAGAGGUAGAAUUUUACGUAUGUCAAUGUGAGUUCGAAAUACAGCAGCACAAUGGCACGAUGGCUGAUG